GACAGUCGGCGCUUCCAUCCGUAGAAGAAGGCGGAAUAACAACAGCGGUAGCAGCGGCGGAAAAUCAGAUUUCGGCGUCCUUUCGGUUGUAUAACUCGGUCAGAAGACACAAGUUUCAAAUUUAAAUAGCUCUGAACAAAAUAAACCAUGCUGCUUCGUAAAGUGAGCCAGACAUCCUCCUUGUCCGUAUGCGGGUCCAUUCUCCGGAAUCCCGCCGUGCUGUCAGGAGCUCCGCGUCCAGCCGCGAUCGUACUCGCUGUACCAGGCGGUCGACUCUACGCCAGUCAAGCUGCUCAGGCCGUGUUGGACAAACCCGCAGCGGUUGGCAGCGAUGUUGCAUCCAAAGUGGAAAAGAAGGCCGUCGCUGCUGAAUCCAAAUCAUUUGCUGUCAACAUGUUCAAAGGGCAGAUCGCGACAACUCAAGUGUUUCCCUUUCCUAAAGCCCUGAACGACGAACAGGAGCAGUUCCUCCAGGAGCUCGUGGGCCCAGUCAGCAAGUUCUUUGAGGAGGUGAACGAUCCUGCCAAGAACGACGCCCUGGAGAAGGUGGAGGACCACACCAUGGAGGGCCUGAAGGAGAUGGGCGCCUUCGGCCUGCAGGUUCCCGCCGACCUGGGCGGCCUCGGCCUCUCCAACACCCAGUACGCGCGCCUGGUCGAGAUCGUUGGCAGCCACGACCUGGGUGUCGGCAUCACUCUGGGCGCUCACCAGUCCAUCGGCUUCAAGGGGAUCCUGCUGUUUGGGAACAAAGCCCAGAAGGAGAAGUACCUGCCCAAACUCGCCACAGGUGAACACAUCGCCGCCUUCUGCCUGACGGAGCCUGCCAGCGGCUCUGACGCCGCCUCCAUCAAGACCACCGCCGUCCUCUCCCCCUGCGGGAAGUUCUACACCAUGAACGGCAGCAAGAUCUGGAUCAGCAACGGAGGUCUGGCGGAGAUCUUCACCGUCUUCGCCAAGACUCCCACGAAAGAUCCCAAAACGGGAGAGAUGAAGGACAAGAUCACCGCCUUCAUCGUGGAGAGGAGCUUCGGAGGCGUCUCACAUGGGCCGCCGGAGACCAAAAUGGGCAUCAAGGCGUCCAACACGGCCGAGGUCUACUUCGAGGACGUGCGCGUGCCGGCCGACUGCGUCCUGGGCGAGGUGGGCGGCGGCUUCAAGGUGGCCAUGAACAUCCUGAACAACGGGCGCUUCGGGAUGGCGGCCGCGCUGGCGGGCACCAUGAAGGGCGUCAUGUCCAAAGCUAUCGACCAUGCGGCCAACAGGACCCAGUUUGGGAACAAGAUCCACACCUACGGAGCCAUCCAGGAGAAGGUGGCCCGUAUGACCAUGCUGCAGUACGUGACAGAGUCCAUGGCCUACAUGAUCAGCGGCAACAUGGACAGCGGAGCCACAGACUUCCAGAUCGAGGCGGCCAUCAGCAAGAUCUUCGCCUCUGAAGCGGCGUGGACCGUGACUGACGAGAGUAUUCAGGUCAUGGGUGGUAUGGGUUUUAUGAAGGGCUCUGGGGUGGAGCGGGUCAUGAGGGAUCUGCGGAUCUUCCGGAUCUUCGAGGGCACCAACGACAUCCUGAGGCUCUUCGUGGCUCUCAACGGCUUCCAGAACGCCGGGAACCACCUGAAGAGCUUGCAGAAGGCCCUGAAGAACCCCAUCGGCAACGCCGGGCUGCUGGCCGGGGAGCUCACCAAGAGAGCCAAAAGGAAGGCGGGUCUGAGCACGGGUCUGACUCUGCAGGGGAGCAUCCAUCCUGAGCUGGCGCAGAGCGGCGACCUGACGGUGAAAGCCAUCGAGCAGUUCGGAGCCGUCAUCGAGGAGCUGCUGGUCAAGCACGGCAAGAAGAUCAUCGACGAGCAGUUUGUCCUGAAGAGAGUCGCCGACUGCGCCAUCGACCUCUACGCCAUGGUGGUCGUCUUGUCCAGGGCUUCCCGCUCUCUGAGCCAGGGCCAGGCCUCAGCUCAGCACGAGAAGAUGCUGUGCGACACCUGGUGUAUGGAGGCUCACGACAGGGUGAUGCGGGACGUUCAGCUCCUGCGCUCCACUCAGUCCAAGCGGCUCUUCAACAACAUGAGGUCCAUCUCCGCCGCCGUGGUGGAGAACGGAGGCGUGGUGGCUCCUCACCCGCUGGGUUUCUAACUCGCCUGCCUCCAUCCCCCCUGAGUCAGAAUCGGCCCACUUUAACAAUACCUUGUCUCCUUCCGUCACAUCGGCGCCCUUCUGUCAGACACGCACGAGUCGGAGUCUAAGCAGCAGCAGCAGCAGAUUGUAACUAGACCAGCAUCUUUGUGACUCCAUGACUGUAGCCGACCGAUCAACAGUUCACGCCUCAAAUGGGAAUAAAUGCAGCUGUUUUCUGGCUUUAACACAAUCAAUGCAACUCUGUGGGUAACUCGGUUAUCUGUGAACAAAAAGGCAACAUAGGUUUUUUUUUUUUUUUUGAAGGGCAUAUUUUAACUUUUUUCUGUUUUUUUUUUUUUUUGUUUUUUUAAUGUACACGUGCCCAAGUUGUGUUCAAAUGUAUUUAACGAUGUGCUUUGUAUGUACCUGAAAGCCUUUCUGCACAUUAAGCUCUUACAAACACAAACGGCAGAUGGAAACCUUUUGCCUUAGAGCCUUUUUCCACGGAUGCUGGUUGAAGUCCCUGCAGUCAGCUCUCAAGGUGGAAACUGUAAAUGUCGGGAGUCCUGAACUGUAGAUGUAAAACACGUUACUGUCAGCCGUGCAUACGUGCGAUAAUGGUGCACGCCUGUUCUGCACGUUCUGUGGGGUCAUCGUCUGUAUUAUUAAUUAAAUGAAGUGUAGCAGCUGUUUGGUAUGAUCCCACCGGUUGAAGGGUUUCAUCUGAUUAAUUUUGUUCACUAUAUUCCACGACAUGCCGUUCAGAUUGAGUAAUUGAUGCCUAGGUAAUCAAGUGAUCUGCCUCAGCAAACAGGUGUGGGGCUCUCAGAGUACCUGUAAUGCGUAAAGUGUAAUUAAACAUGCCUCUGUUCAGCUCCGA